AUGAUAUCCUUAAUAAGUUAUAAUUUAUGUAAAUCUAGUAUAUUACUUGGACAAAGAACAAAAGAAUAUAAUGAAUUAUAUCUACGUUUAAUUGAACACAAUUUUAAAUUAACUAAAACUCAUGCAUAUACAUUAUGUUUAUUUUUACUUGAAAAACAAACAACAAUUGAUAGUUCAUCAAUAAUAUCAUCAUCAGAUAAUAUUCUUAUUGAACUUGUUGAAGAAUUAUAUGAACGUACUAAACAAUCAUCAAUAUUACCAUAUGAAGCUUUACUUUUAUUACGUCCUUUAUCAUUAUUACUUGCACAUAUUAGUUUUUUUUUUCGGGCUUUAAUUAAUGCACGUUAUUCAGCUAAAGUUAAUGAAUGGACUUUAUUAUCAAUGACAAAUAUUGCACAAAGAAAAUCACUAUGUAUGGCUAUAUGGGGGCUAACUUGUCUUAUGUUAAGUGCAUAUCUAUCACAGGUUAAGGAAUAUUGA